AUGAACGAAAAAGCAUUGGAAAAUGAUCAAUUUGGAGUUCUCCAAAAUUGUAUCAAUGAUCGACUUCAAGAUCCACCUCAACUUCAUGGGCCAACCAUUGAAAUUCUUAGAAUUGGAGAAGAAGCUGGAGAUAUCGUCCUAUCAUCUGCAGGUAAAUAUUCUUUAAUCAAUGUUGCAACGAGACGUUCCGAUACAAUACAAUAUCUAGGAAGGGCAAGUGUUCAGUGUAGUCGUGCCUAA